GAGAAUGCAAGAUGGCGAAUGCGGAGAGUGAUAGUCGGGGUGAGUGUGUUUGUUGAAUCUCAUCUGUUUCUUUCAUUUAGGUCAGGAGAAACUUAUUUCCUCAUUUUGUUUAUCACUGAUAUUCCAGCUAUCUCUGAGAAGAGGACACAAGCGUUUGUCUCACUGAGUGUGGGAGUUAUUUUCAUCUGUAUUGGACUUCCACUCUGGUGGAAUACUACAAAAGUUUACAGAGCAGCGCUUCCAUAUGAUGAAAUUGAACAGCUUAAUCAACUUAAGGUAAGCUGCAUUAAUAGAAAAUCUAGCAAUGCUGGAGAGUGAAAAGGAGGUGGGAAACUUGAGUGUUUAAAAUCACUACAAGAAGGUGUAAUUUUAACGAACGUAUUAGUGGAUUGUUUCAAAAAAAAUGUUAAUAGUACUUCUAGUACUUGUCUAAUACUUGAUAAACAUUUAUGAAAACGCAAUAAUUUUAUGUUUGGCCAGAUUUUAGUCUAAAUCACUGGAACAGCUGCUGAUUUCGAUCAUAUUUCAGGCCGAUGAUGAAGGAUCUGAGAUCUGAGAGUUCUCCGAUCUGUUUACUUGCAGAAUUCCACGGCUAAAUUUCUAUGGCCUGGGCUUCCUUAUCCAGACAUAAAGAGCACUCCCCUGUUACUUUACACCAUCCUCUGCGACUACAUUUCCUACUGAAAAGUUUGACAUUUUUAUACUUCUUUUAGGUUAGGUAUGUAGUAAGCCUCAAAGUAGUUGUGUUUGGUCCACAAGACCCCGUUGCUUUGAAAGAAGAGAUCGAGAAGAAGCUCAAUGAAGAAAAAGGUAUUGUUGAUUAACACUCACAUGACUGAAUAUGUUAAAAAAAAAAGUCAUAGUGUGUAAUAACGCUUGUGUUUAAAUUUUUUUUGUUCUGUCCAGGUGAUACUUUGAUGUCAGCUGAGUACAGGCUGACAGUUGUAAGGAAAGAAAUCACUGAUUCUUCAAUGUCAACAGAAUUAAAAACCAAACCCAUGCAAGGUAAGCCUUUCCUUGUUUUGUUGUUUAAUUCAGCCAUCUUAUUUUUAAGACAACAAGAAUGACUUUUCCUAACUACUGUACCUGCCUUGAUUUCAGACAAGUUAAAAGUCUCCAUGUUUAACCCUUUGACCCCUGAGAGUGAUUAGCAUCUAAUUUCUCCUUACAGUAUCAUCCCAGAAUCACACAUUAAGGUCAUGAGAAUAAAGGGAAUGAUCAUCAAGUAAAGAAGCUCAUGAUUGUAAAACAAAUUCUCCUAAUCAGCACCUUGAGAAAUGUAUAGAGAAUAGUAUGGAGAAUAUGCAUACUGAUGUUAGAGUGUAAAGGUUUAGGAGAUUGAUAUAAUAUUCUCUGAAAGACAUAUAUCACUCAUUUCAAGCUUAUGUUAGCAAAAAGUGCAAAUUCUCUAGAAAUUAAACUAGAGAAAGAAUUAAUCAAUCUCACAGGGCUCCUACCAAUCAGACAAUUUCAUUACUCAUUCACUCAAUCAAUCACAGAUGCACAAGUAGUCAGUCUAUAAGUGAGUAAAAAAACCAUACAUUUUUUUAUACAGUCAACAAUUUUCUGCACAGGGUUCUUAUGCAAAUAGUGUUUCUUGUCAACAGAUUUGGAUGACUACUUUCUACAACAAAACAGCUUGGAAAAUGCACGAAGCCAACAUUAUUCCUUUUUUGUUCUACCUCAUGAACCUCCAGAGUCAAACACUAUCAGUGGAUAUAUUGGCAAACAUUUUCACUGCAUUUUAUUCAAUGAUAAAGGUAAGAGUACAAAAAAGAGAAAUUGUCAGUUUUCACCAAAAAGACAAAAGAGAUGUUACUUUUUUGAAGUUCAUACUUGUAAAACUUAGAUGAAAUGAAAGACAUAAUGAAAUGGUUGAAUUUGAAUGAGAUUUAGAUACAUAUAUACUUAAUCCUACUUGCAGUAUGAUAACAAAAUAUUUUUUUGCAUUUCUUUAGAUCCAGCUAAGCUUGCUUCAGUUAUUACUGAGAUUGUUGGAAGUGUUUUUGUUAACGAAGAAGAAGUAAACAGGCCAUUUAGCUUGGCUUCAAAAAGGCAAUUUGCAAAGGUAUAGAAGAUCAGUUUCUUGUGCAUACUUGUGAUUUGAUAAGACUAGUAUUUUUGAAGGAUGCACAGAAUACAGCCCUUGUUACAGGUGGUAUAACAUAACCCUUUGACCCAUAAGAGUGACUAGCCUCUAAUUUCUUGGUAAAAUAUCACUCCUGAAUCAAAUAUAAGGUCACGGGAAUAAAGGAAAUGAUCACCAACUAAUAAAGCACUUGAUUUUUAAACAAAUUUGAUUAUUUUCUUUUAAGGACUCUGUGGAAAGUAUGCGAGCACAGAAGUCAACAACAGGUUGGAAGUUACUUUAAUUUAUACAAUAAUAGCCCACUGUAAUGAAAAUAUCUCUAAUGGUUAUAAGCAUUGUCUCUAAAUUUAUUCUAAAAUAAGCUAUUUCCAGUUUUUGCUCUUUAGCAAGUAGCACCACAAAUUAAGGAAAGUUACCACUCCUAUCAAACAUAAUUUUAUUUGUUCAAAGUAUCAUAACUUAUACAGCAUCUGAUAACAGGCACUUGUUUAUUGAAAGGUUUUCAGGUUUCCUUCACACUUUUGAACUCUGAUCCAGACUUAGUCCUGGCUGAAUGGGAUAUAGAGUCUGCCGUUCAAAGUGAGUAAUAUAUAAAAAAGAAACCUUUUGUAUAUGCAAUUUCUUUUUCUCUCUGUCUCUCUCAUUUGUUUUGUUUCUUGGAACUACAAGGGUACUCUCAAUUAAUUUCUCUCUUUUCUCUUUUAUUAUCCAGAGUAUUUGGAUCCCUUCCUGUUGAAUUUUCCACAUUUGGAUAUAACUGUAGAUUCUCAGGUGGACAGAAACAGGGCCCAGUUGUUCAAAGGGUUAUAACACUUUCCAAUGGAUAAAUUGCUAUCAGGCUGAUAAGUGUUGAAAAAAUAUUCUGGGCUGUCCAUUAGGAAGAGAUCUAUCCAGUGGUUAGUGUUAUUCACCCUUUGAAGAAUGGGGGCUAGUCCUUUCCAAAAUAAUUAAUCAUGGAAUUUGUCUUUUGUCGUUUGAAUUUUAGUUGUGGUUAUUAGCAUACACUAAUUCAGUGAAUGUUGCCAUUUCAGGUUUUGCAUUAUAGUAGCCUUCAAAUUAAUCCCAAAAAGGAUGGUGAAGUUUUCUAUCUUCACUAUGACGACUUACCUCAUAUGAUAAAUCCCAUAGAAGGCAAACUUGGUAUGAGUUACAUUUGUUGACACAUUUUUAAAGAUUUAUUGCCAAUUUUAAUUGCUCUAAGGCUGUGGACCGCUAGACAGAGGCUGGUUUUAUAUUCAGAGCAAUUUGUAAUUAUUUUCAUUGAUAUUUUUCAUGUCAUAUUUGCAGGUUCACAUAUUUCUUUAUAUCCCAGUUUAAACUUUGUGGUGUAUGUCCCGUCUAAGAAGCACUCACCAAUUUACAUGAAAAAUAAGGAUGGUAAGACCACAUACAUAUUAGUUCUUUGUUCUUUUAAAUCAUUUAUUUCCAAGGAGUGAUCAGCAAAUAAUUUCUCCUUAUGAUAUCAAUGCAUUGUUGAGCAGUAAGGUGCUGAGAAGUGAGAAAAAUGUCAGAUCAAGGUUGUUGUUUGAUCCUACAUCAAGUUCACAGAGCUUGUGUCAAAAAAUGUGUGUGGUACACAUCAGGGAGAAUUCUAUUGAAAACGUGGGUGUGAAAAGUUUCUCAUAAAAGAAUCUUACUAACUUAGAUUUAAAGGUUUAGUUUGACUGUUAUUUUCUUUUGUCAUCUCAGGAUGUAUUUUUUUUUAGAUGAAUCUAGUUAGCCAGGAGCUUUACCUGAAAAACUUCUAGAUUGUUAAUGAAAACAAAAAUGUGUUUCAAUAGGACUCAACAACUGCUUGUUGCCUGCUACUUGUUGAAAUCACAGGUGGCUCAAGCAUAUUGAGCAAGUUGGAGGGAUUUCUAGAAUAAGCACACGAUAGUUUCAUAUUGAUAAGCCUAGGUCGUCACAUAGGCAGUCUUAUUAGGAAUCAUCUCCUAAAUUCCUGGAUGGUAAGAAUUUUUUCGACACUUUUUCUGCAGGCGAGCUGAGCAGUAGCAAUGCAUUCAUGAGUCCACAGUGGGGAGGCAUCAUGAUUUACAAUCUGCCACGGACCACGUCGACGAAUAACACCAAACCACAACAGAUGACUGUGGAGAUGAAGCCAGUCAUGAAAGUCUUCCUAUCACAACUUAAAUUGUUACUGGGAAUGAUGCCUGUGGUAAGAAGUAGUGGAACUUUUAACUGAGGUAUUUUAGAGUACGAAUCUAGGAAUGCUUCCAAUAUGAUUGUGAACGAGUAAUUUACCCAUGUGGUACGGCUGCAGAACGUUUCGUAGAACAAAGAGAUACGACUGCGGUCCUAUUAAGGAAGUUGGAAGUCUUACGGUAUUGUCUUAAAAUAGACGCAGGUGUCUGAAGUCGGGCGGUACUGUUCGAAAACGGACGCAAGUUUCCGAAAUCAGACAGGACUAUCCGAAAAUUGACGCAAGUUUCUGAAGUCGGACAGUAUUGUCCAAAAACGGACGCAGUUUUCGAAGUCGGGCGGUACCGUCCGAAAAUAAACGCAAAUUUCCAAAACCGGAUAGUACCGUCCGAGAAUGAACACAGGUUUCCGAAAUCGGACGGUACCGUCUGAUACGCACCCAUGUGAUUAUAAUUCAGAGACACUGCAGACAAGUUAGCACCUGAGGUUUACGAUACGGUUAGAUCUUUUUCCGGCAGCAUGAUUGCCGUAUGAUCAUCGACACUUAACUAAGGCUUUUCUUACUAUUAUGAUGUUCUCUCGAUUCUUCUCUUUGUUUAGAAUCCUCCCGGUGGUAUCGAAAUGAGAAUCACUGAUGAUGCUGGGGUCGCAAAAUGGGUAAAGUUGUUGCUUAAUUUGUUCUUUUUUCCUCUUGUACUCGAAAAUUACAUGGAGACACUUUUGGAGUGUUGGAGAAUGUGAAGUUUCUUUAUUAGGGUGCUAACUUUAAUUCUGAAGAACACCUUUUUUUGCUGUAAGUACUGUCGGCAAAGGUUUUCAGUUUAGCUGUUACCUUAUAUAGAAACGGGAGAAGCGCGUGCAGUGCGUGGGCGCGCAAGACAUGGAGAUAGGCCACGCUCCGUUUUCGCUUCUCCCUCUUGAGUGGAAGGAACCAAGAAGGCCUGCAACACAGGCCAGGUCUAAAAAUUGUUUGGGUUGUAAAAGAGUACUUAGGACUUUUGAGAACAUGUCUAUCAUUUACUAUGAUAGCCUCAUUAGCAGACCUAAGAUAAACCAUUUUCGUUAAUUACAGGAACAAGAGUCGCUGAUGAGGCUGAAGACAAUGGAAUAUUUAGCAACUUCUACGAUCACGUUGACAUCACUCGCACAGCUCCUCGGGAAAAUCAGCAACAUGGUGAUCAAUGAUCACAUUCAGCAACAAAUCGAGCAGGCCCUGGGUUCCAUUCAUCAGGUAUCGCAAUCUACUUGAAUGAGAGAACUUGAACUUUGACAACUUUUUUAAAAUUUAUAGAUUAUGUCGACCUAGAUAAAAAAGGUUCUAGAGCAGAGUAAGAAUCUGAUAUGCUAAGUCCUGGACUGAAUUGGAAUUGACCCAGUUCCGUACGUUUUUCAGUCUACAACAGCUCUUCAAGAGGGAAACGUGACUGCAGCAGUCUUUGCAGCCAAAAGUGCUAUUAGAUCUUCAGGUUAGUACAUUUUCCGAAACGUCCUUAGUUUCUUUUCUCUUAAAUCGUUCGUGGAAAGUUCCACGAGAUAUCCUUAGCCGUUCACUUUAUUUCCCAGUAAUCAAUAUAUUUCGGUGUUCCUGAACGUUACAUCAUGCUUUCUCUUUCAGAGGAAGCAUUUUUUGAACCAUCAAUACUGGAGCUGUUGUACUUUCCAGACGAUCAGAAGUAAGCCUGACCUUUCAACAAUUUGUCACUAGUAUGUUAUGUUAGGGAGAUCGCCUUGUGCGGCAUGGGAAUCUAUUACUGCUUCGGUAACAUUCUAGACGUAUUUUCACAGUUGUUCAAUUUUCCUUACGAUUUCGAUAGACUCAGUCAGAGAUUUGAUGUCGGAGAAUGAAAAGAAAAGAAAUGAAGAAAAAAUUGUCAGGACUAAUCAACAGAGGACAUCACAUUUAACUUUGAUAAUCAUCUUUUAGGCCUGGGGAGAGGGUUUUGAUGGAGCACGGUGAUUUAAAGAAUGGGGGGGGGGGGCUUUUUUUUCAUUGAGCUGUAUUCUAUAAAUAGUCUGUUUUGUAAUUUUCCCUCAGGUACGCCAUAUAUAUUCCGCUGUUUCUACCCAUCAGUCUGCCUAUUUUCCUGUCGUUGAGGCAGGCAGUGAAAUGGUACAGAGGACAAGACAAUGAAGACAAGAAAGACGAAGACAAGGAUAAGCAAGAUUGAAAACAGCUCUGAACUAAAAGAAUAACGAAGAUGACGGGCUGGGACGAGAUAACGUGGAGUCGUGUCAACCGAGUACAUGCGCAGUCUCACUUAAUGAGACGGGAGUUACAGGAAACCAUUCCACAACGACAUAAUUUUGAAUAUCAAAUAAUGCAGAGAUACGAGUUAUUAGUGAGGACUACAGGAAAAAACAUGCAGGUUAGAAUACGCGACCACAUGUAUCUGUAAUACAAGCGAGGAAACGUGCAAUAAAACACCGGGCAAAGUUCCAAGCGUACACUGGAGUUAACUCGCUUGGAACUGCGACAAAGUGGCAAACUGUCGACGACGAGAGAAACUCCCUCCUUAAAAUUUUUAGAGCGGUAGCUCAUACCAGAAUAUAACAUAUGCAAACCCAGCAAGAUGAAACACAAAGCUUCAGGAAGUUCCAGUUCUUUUGUAACAAAGAAUUCCAUAUUAGGAAUAUGCCGUUAAUUAACUAAAUAUCAAUUUAAGUAGCAGGAUUAAAUUAGAAUUCCAUCUUUUUAUUGCGAAUGAGUAUUUUGGUUGUCUAAGAUAAAUUUUACUCCAGCGUAGGUCACGUUCAUCCUAAAAUAAAGUAGAAGUACUUGUUCAAAACAAAGUCUUUGUACUUUGUAAAAUAUUGCUUUGUUAAAUAUGUUAUAUUCUAAACUGGUCCGCUCUAUAUGAUAGAAUAGUAGGCUGUGAAAGGAUCUACAUCGAGAAUCUACUGAAUAAAAUAGCUAAGCAUACAAUUUUUUACGAAAGG